CAUGCGCUGAGUAAACGGUCGCGCGGAGGAUUUGAGUUGUUUGAAUGGCCGAGCGACUCAAAGCAAACUCUAAACGUUACUUUUAGCAAUGUAGAGAUGGCAGAAAAACUAAAUUUGUCAGGAGCCUCGAAUUCUGAUCAGUCAUCUUCAAGUGACCAGUCUUUGUCCAACCGCAGCAUUAACCGAAGUCUGAGACUGGCAGAAAAAGAAAGAAGGAAAAACGAGGCGGAGGACUCGUUUGGUGUGGCCCUGAAGUACUUUAGCGAAGUUAAAGCAGGAACGCCACUUUUGGGAAACGAUGAGUUUGAAAGAAAUCUCAUGUACGUGGAGAAGAUGGCCUACAGUAAAGGACUUCAUCCAGAGGCUGUAUCUACAAUGCUGGAAUUUGCAAUGAGCUGUCGAAUGGGAGCAUCUCCAUGUACUCGAGUACUGAAGUGCCUGGUUCCCUCGAGUGUGGUGCCACAGGAGGCUGUUGUUCGGGCUGUGGUUUGGCUGGGAAUUAGUAAAAUAUCUGUCAGCACACAGAUUCUGUUUGUGAAGUGGGUGUUGACGAUGUUUGAUCUGAUUGAUGCAAAGGAUCAGCUCCGUGCUAUUUAUGGCUUCAUCUUUAACUUUGUGACAGAUGAAAAUCUGUGUCCAUUUAUAUGCCAUCUCCUGUACCUAUUGACAAGAAAAGAAAACGUGCGGGUUUUCAGAGUUCGAAAACUUCUAGAGCUUCAGUCAAAAUUGGGAAGGCAGCCUUUCCUCCUGCACUUACUUUCUCUUUACAAAGUGUUUUGCCCUGAGUUGGUGACUCUUUCCAUCCCAUCACGAAUGAAGACUGGUUUUAAAAACCACAAUGCUCCCUGGAAAUCUGCCCUUGUUGUUGUCCAGAAGAGGAAUGGCUCUCCAGUUCUCACCAGCAUUAGCCAAACAGUCUCUACAUCUAGAAAAAGGAAACUUGGCCACAUGGACUUGCCUGCGCUGGCGCCUGCUGUCAAUAAACAGAUGUUGCCACAGUCUUCUCUCAGCAGAAAAUUGGUCCCUUUGGUGCAAAUACAGUCAUUUGCCCAGCUGCUAGAAAAUAUACACCAAAUAGAGUUGCCUGCUCAGAUGGGUUCUCUUCUUGGCUCCAGUUUGGCUCUGCAGUACCUGGACUGUUUACAGGAUGAGUCUGCCCUCCUACGCUUGAACUUCUGGCUAGGUUAUGCACUCCACGAAGAAUUCCUAUUCUUCAAUGAUGGUGGAGCAAACCAGAAUUCAGAAGAGGCCCAGCAGUUUUUAGACAAAUUACUGUCUACGCAGCACUUUCUUCAGGAAGGGUUUUCCAGCACCGAGGCUUUUUUGUAUAAAUUUCUCAAUGUUUGGGACGGAGCCUUGAUGCGACCACAGAUCCUGAGUCUUAUGAGUAACAUUCCAGUUAUACCAAGUUCACAAAUUGGACGACUUUUAUUUGAGCCUCUCAUGCAGCUUUUCUUUACCUCCUCACUGUUUUUCAAGUGUGGAUUGAUGGAGUGUCUCAACAAUAUGUUGUUAAAAUGGCUGACGUGGCACUCGGUUUAUGCCUUGGAGGACGACUUGGACAUCAGCCUGAAUAGUCAUACCUCUAUAAACAUUACAUUGUCAGGUUUUAAGAACUCUGUGAUGGAGCUUGUACAUUUUGUGGGUCGGCUUGCCUCUGUGGGACUUCAGGUUGAAGGCUGUCAUUCACUCCUCCUCAGCUUUGUUUUGGACUUCUAUGAAACGGUGUGUGACAUGUUUCUUAAAUAUGGCCUUCCUCUGGUGGUGAUGCCUCCACCUGGUGUUUUUUACCCAGCACUUUUUGCAACUGACCCUGUGAGCGUUGACAGACUGGCCUACAUUAUGCACAGAUACAAGGUGAACCUGGCCUCAGCCAAGUAUCAGGAGAAACAAACUGAGCAGGCCUUCCACAUCAACCGACAGACAUUUCGCGAGUUUAAUCACUAUGUGGUACUGAUGGUGCACUGCCUCUGGAACUCCAAGAUGUUUGAGCCAGGUAUGGGCAUCGAGCUGAGCGAGAAGCUGCUUCUUAGGAGCAAUGUCCCCGACUACAAAGCGACCUUUGACCUCGUCCACCACCCUGCCUUUCUGAGCUAUGCUGUGGAUUUUCACAAGCAGUGUUGGCCCAAGAGAAAGGAUAUGGACCUGAAUUCUAUAAAGCAAUCUAAGCCAUGGGGCUGGUACCUGGAGUUUCUGUUCUCUCAGGGAUUCGACGGUCUUAAACAUUUUGUUGAGAGUAACAUCAGCUGGCAGGUGGCAGGAGGCGACAGCCAGGGAGACGCUGUGUCCACACAGACGCGGUAGAGACACGACUCAGUGGAGACACAACCCACUAGAGAGAUUUAAGAGACUUGUACAUUUUUCUAGCCACUUGCUAUUUAUCUGUGUAUUUGUUGUAAAUAGGGUUUUCUCUUUUGUAUGAUAUGUUCUGCCCCCUGAUAUUGAGUACAUGUACAGUCACUAAAGAACAAUGUAUAUUAACAGCUACAAAACAACUAGAUAUGUCCCUUUGUCUUUAGACAUUUUUAACCACAAAACAAAUCUGACUGAAACCACUAAAACAUUUUUUGGUUUCCUUUAACCUAACUUUGCCUGUGUAAACUCCCUGUUCAUAGCUUCUUGUCUCUUGCACUUUUUUAAAUAAACAAGUGUAAGAUUUUUAAGCGAAUAAACGUAUGUUGUGCAUUUUACUGUGGUUACACUUUAAAGGUUAUUGGUAAAUCUAUCUUAUUUUUAUUCUAAAAGGGACUGACUAUUGACACCUUAACCUUAAAAAGCAUCUCCUUCUAAAAUGUCCCAGAACAAAUACCUCCGGACUGUAAUCAGGUCUAUGGGCAUCAGCCAAGUAUCAAGAGAAGGUAGUGUCUGUGUAAUCCUCCAAAUAGAGAAGGUAGUCUAUUUGCAACAAUAUCGUGCAAUAAUCUCCAAAAUUAACAAUAUUUACCCCCCGGACAGUUCGUUGGCGUUGCACACUUCCCUGCCCCCUCCUCCCACAAGCACCUCUCCCUUGACGCAGCCCAAGUUUCCCUCCUCACGUCCCUCACUUCUGGGCGCAUUAUUUGUAGACAGUCGCUCGCACGCUCCAGAUGAGACUGUUGCUGAUGUAAACGCGCGGAGCCUCCUUUAAGCCUCUCCGUGAUGCGAAGCCCUCACACUGAAGCCGCUGCCCUCCUCACUUUUUCCUCUGCUCUUGUCAUGUGUCUGUCGCGUUACUGCUCGGGAGUAGCUUAUUUCUGCUCCUUUAUGGCGAAAAUCCGUCCCACGUGCGAGUUCUCCACCUAGAACCUGAGGAUCUGCCGGGAAU